AUGCAGAACACCGAUACCGAAAAGUCACCAGAUGGGAUGUAUAUCAACCUGAAAACAUAUGAAUCAUUUGGAAAAGAUGCAUUAAAGUUUGAUAGAAAUGCUAAAGAUGCCAUUUAUCUACAUGUACAAAGGGAACUGAUGCCGGUCAAACCAGACAACAAGUCAGAUUCCGAAACAACUUCAAUAGGAACAGAUAGAGGAACAAAUGAUGAAAAUGUAGAUAAUGAAAAUAGUGAUACUGCGGAACAAGUGGUCUAUAAACAACGAAAACUACACGAAGAAGUUAUACGCUAUGAAGUAUACAGCCCCUCUAUAGACAUACGAAUACCACUAGAAAAUGCACCAAAAAAUAUCGCCGAUGCAGCAAAAGCUAUCAUAGACCAUGCAGGGUUCAAUUUUAAUGCAGAUGAAUUCGUAUGGAAGGAAUAUAUCAGUGAAUCAAAAUAUGCGAAACAUCUAAUACAAGUGGAACACGCACCAGUUAUUGUAUACGAUAAUCUAUCUUGCGCAAGAUGUGGAGCCAACCAUAACCUUUGGCUAAACCUAUCCGAUGGGUAUAUCGGUUGUGGAAGGAAAAACUAUGAUUCAGGAGGUUGUGCCGAUGGUGAAGAAGGCGCAGCUAUACAACAUUAUCAUGAAACGGGAGGGAUAUACCCAUUAGCUGUCAAGAUAGGAACUAUCACGGCAACUUCAGGAGAUGUAUACAGUUACGCAGCAGAUGAAGAUUCAUUGGUUAUUGAUCCAUAUCUAGCAGAUCAUCUAGCACACUUUGGCAUCGAUGUCAGGGCCGUAAUAAAAACGGAAAAAACUAUAGUACAAUUGGAAUUGGAAAAAAAUGAAAAUCAUGAUUGGUCGGAAAUGAAUACAGGAUUAUCACAAAGAACACAUGGACCAGGAUUAGUUGGACUACAUAAUCUAGGAAACACAUGCUACCUAAAUUCGGCAGUACAACUACUAGCCUCCGUACCUGAACUGGCAUCAUACUUUGUGGAACAUCACGAUAGUAUCGCACACAAAGUACCGGAUAACACAAAACCAUGUGAAGAUGUACCACUGCAGUUCGCAAAAAUCGUAAAGGCAAUAUCGACCGAUAAAAUGGUACAACAACAAACUGAACUAAUCAAAAGAUAUCAACAAUCGUGUCAAGAUAUAGGCGUCGAAUACGUGGAACCCGAAGAAUUCAAAAGCUUCGCGGUUAAACCAUCCAUGCUCAAAUAUGCAAUCGGAAGAGAUAACUCAAGGUUUGCUACUGGAGAACAACAAGAUGCUGAGGAGUUCUUCAGUCAUAUGGUAAACCUACUAGCAGACCUGUCGCCAGAGAUGAAGAGACGUGCAAAAACAAGCUUCAAAAUCAAAAAUCUAUUCUUCUUCAGAUAUCGACAGUAUAUUGUAUGCGAAACACUCAGCAAGAUAACAUACAAUGAUAACGAAAUGCAUAUAUUGUGCCUACCGCUACUGACAUACGCCCAGAGUCAAGGGGAAAUUGAUCCGCACCAGCAAAUAAAUCUAAUGGAUUGUAUACGCAAUUGGGAAGGUGAACAAGAAAUUGAUUAUCUAGACCGUGGCGAACAUCAUGUAGGAGUAAUCACAAAUGCACUACUCACACUACCAACGUAUCUAGCCCUCAAAGUUGACAGGUUUUUCUAUAACCCUGAUGGCACUAGUACCAAGAUUAAUAACCCAGUAAUUGUACCUCAAGAAGGGAUCAUACUAGAAACACAGGGUGACAAGGAACAUAUGGGCUACACUGUAGAAUGCAAUACAAGGGAACCGAAGAAAGCAAAACGACAUAUAAGCCAAGAUUUCUUGCAAUCGCUCAUGUCAAUGGGAUUUUCCGAAAAAAUAUGCAGAAUGGCUGUAGAAAAUGAGGGAUCAAGCAAUAUAGAUGCUUGUGUUAACUGGAUAUUAUCUAAUAUGGAUACCAUCUCGGAAGAUACAACAACAGGAGACAAGGAUAGCGCAUCGGUGGCAGUUAAUGCUGCAGUACUCAUGGACCUCGGAUACACACUAGAACAGGCUAACAUGGCAGCAGAAAGGUUCGCUGAUGAUGUAGCCGCGGCCGUCGACUGGUUAGCAGAAGAGGAUACCGCUAUUAGAGCUGAUACCAAAGACUCAGCUAGAUAUGAAUUAUUAGGGGUAAUAUCACAUAUAGGACAAAAAAUCAAUGCCGGACAUUAUGUUUGCCAUAUUAAAAAAAAUGGAAACUGGUACACAUUCAAUGACGCUAAGGUCCUGAAGUGCGAAACGCCACCGACAGGCAAUGGAUACCUGUACCUUUUCAGACGUUCUACUAGCACAGCUGCAGCGGCAUGA